GUUCAUUUAAACUUAUUUGAAUGAUUAGGUACUGAAUAUUCCUUAGGACGGAUGCAUAUGAACUCAAGGUCGUUUUUCCUUUAGGAUGGCAACUUCUAUAAUCAAGUUGCACACGCUUUCGGGGGCUGGUGAUAAUGGUUCACCUUGUUAUUUACUUCAGGUAGAUGAGUUUCACUGCCUUCUUGACUGUGGUUGGUGUGAGAAACUGGAUAGUGACUAUGUGAAAGAGGUUUCAAAGUGGGCCAAACAUGUUGAUGCAGUGCUUCUUAGCCAUCAAAGUUUACGACACCUUGGGUUGCUUCCAUAUCUUGUUGGGACAUGUGGACUUAACUGCCCGGUGUAUGCCACGACUCCUGUUUACAAAAUGGGGCAAAUGUUUUUGUAUGACUUUUUCCAGUCAAGACAUGCUUCUGAGAACUUUAGUCACUACACGUUAGAUGAUGUUGAUCUAGCAUUCGAUCAUGUGCAUCAAGUUAAGUAUCAGCAAACAAUCAGUCUUCAUGGUCGUGGCCAUGGUUUAUGUAUAACCCCACUUCCUUCUGGUCACACACUUGGAGGAACAAUUUGGAAACUAGUUAAGGAAGACACAAGUAUCGUUUAUGCUUUGGAUUUUAACCAUAAGAAGGAGAGACACUUAAAUGGAGCUACCUUUGAUGCUUGCAUACGACCACACUUACUAAUUAUGGAUGGUUCGAACACCUUAUAUACACAGCCUAGGAGAAAAGAUCGUGAUGAAAAUCUACGUCAGACAAUUUUGAAGAGUUUAAGGCGUGGUGGAAAUGUACUUAUUGCCGUGGAUACUGCUGGAAGGUGUCUUGAAGUAGCCCAUUUUUUAGAACAAUGUUGGUUAAACCAGGAAUCUGGUCUAAUGGCUUAUGGAUUGGCGAUGCUAAAUUAUGUGGCUUUAAAUGUUGUGGACUUUGCAAAGUCAAUGGUUGAGUGGAUGUCCGAAAAAGUAAUGCGAUCUUUUGAGGAUCAACGAAGUAAUCCGUUUCAUUUCCGACAUAUGCAGUUGUGUCACACGUUAGAACAGUUAGAUGCUGUUUCAGAGCCUAAAGUUGUUCUUUCAUCACUUUCCGAUCUUAGUUGUGGAUUUUCUCGCCAGUUGUUCGCUGAGUGGGCCGACAACGACUUAAAUACAGUAAUUCUAACUUCCCAGGAAUCUGUUAUCACCGGAAUUGAUGAGUCGUCCAGUCAAAGUUUAAUAUCUCGACUUAUCGGGUUAGCAAGAAAAGAUAAUGAUGCGCGAAAAGAUCUGCCUACGAGUUCAACUGGGACUUCAAUCCUUCCUCUAACAUUAUCACAACGAGUAUCGUGUUCACAAGCAGACCAAUCUGGGUCCGAUAUUCCACAUUUAAAAAACUCAGCUAAAGGGUUUUCUUUCUCUCAGAACACAAACUCAGCGAUUAAUGAUGCAUGCGACGAGCUCAAUUCUGAAACAGAACCUGGAAACAGCUAUACAGUGUGUCAAAUUUCAGACAUCCCGAUACCAUCAGCAGGUGAUAUUACUCAUAGUGAUGUUUCGCCACAAAUUACUGAAGGAAUCCUUGAGAAACAACCAUCUUGUGAUUCUGAAUUGGAAAAUGAAUCAACAUGUUGUUCGAAUCGCCCAUAUGGUUCAGAGGAAGGUACGCACAUAGAAAAAUCAAAAUCACUCUCUCUUACGUUGUCCGUACCAAGAGAUCAUUCGAAGAAAACAAUUGUUCCGAGCAAUACAACUAGGUUAUUUCCUAAGACUUCUUUACCUUUAAAUAUGGAACAAUUUGGAGUUACAAAUCUUCACUUAACUUCUGGACGGCAUCAAGCUGGAUAUGACAUAUAUCCAGGGCUUCAUAACCAAGCUGGAGGGCAGUUUUUCCGUGUGGCUAAACGGACUCAGUUGCUGUUUCCUCAAAAUGAAAAGAAGAUUCACUGGGAUGAGUAUGGAGCACAUCUUGAUCCAGAGUUGUUCACUUCAACAGAACCAGUUUCUAGUCAGGCAGCAUUGCCGAAUUGGGAUAUCAAAAGUAAAGACACAAAACCUAAUUCAGAUAUUGUCUCAUCGGGUUUUUCAUCUACGUCAAUACUGGAUUAUUUGGUUGCAAGAACUCCAACUUUUGACGUUCUGGAUUCUAAUACUCGUUGUGUAACCCAUCAUUUGGAAAUACCUCUACGGUGUGAAGUUGUAUUUUUGGAUUAUGAAGGUCGAUCAGAUGGGGAAGCUAUGAAACGUAUUCUAAUUGGUCUGAGACCACAGGAAAUAAUUUUAGUUGGUAACAAUGCACCGGCCAUUGAUCAUUUAGCAAAUUAUUGUCGUGGUGUCAUGCUGUUAGAUCCCAACUAUAUACAUAUCCCUCAUCCACGAGAAAUUGUGAAUUGCACAAAAGAAGGAGAUAUUUAUCAGGCAAGAAUGAAAGACAGUUUAGUUUCUAGUUUAAAAUUCACAAAAAUACGUGAUUAUGAAUUAGCUUGGGUUGAAGCAACUGUAUCGCUCGAUGAUAAAUCUGAUUAUCAUAUUAAAGAAAAAAACAAUAAUAAUGCUGAAAAUAAUGGUAAUGAUGAUAAUGGUGAUGUGGAAAUGUCCACUGGGAAUAAUUUAGAAUUGAGAAGUCGAACGCCAUUAGCUGCUGAUCAGUUACCAGUUCUCAGUCUUCCUACUGGCCCUAUUGGACAACAUAAAACGGUUUUUGUAAAUGAACCGAAGUUAUCCGAUUUAAAACAACUUUUAUUAUCACAAGGUUUAAUGGCAGAAUUUGUCAGUGGUAUAUUAGUAGUAGAUAAUUGUGUUGCAAUUAAACGAUCUGAAGCAGGUAAAUUAUUACUAGAAGGUUUAUUAUGUGGUACAUACUUUGAAGUUCGACGAAUUCUCUAUCAACAAUUUGCUAUUCUAUGAUGAAAAUUUCAAGAAAAGAAUGUCAACAAUAUUCUUUCACAUAUAAUAUGAUAUAUAAAUCUGAAAAAAGCAUUCUGUACAUAAUUAUACAUAUUACAUGGAUUUACGUGUAAUUUUUUAAAUAAAUUUAAUAUUUUGAUAA